AUGACUCGUCUACUUUUAUUCUCCGCGAUUUUUGGGGCCGCACAUCUUCAGCUUGAAGAACCUGGCAAUUUUCUCCUAAAUACUGUUCCGAAUUGCCAACUAUGUAAGAAUAUGACGAAUGAGUUUGUAAAAGAACCGUAUGUGUGGAUCGAACUGACGAACUCUGUGAUUGAUGGGUGUAACGCGGUGUCUCAAAGGUGUAUUGUCGUGGAUAACUCAACCAAUUGUGCUACUAGGGCCGAAAUUCUCAAGUUCAACUCGGUCAACUCGGAAGAGCCUUUAAAAGUAUUCGGACCAUACGAACAAGUCAGCGUAGGAGGUACUAUAACAUGCGAAAAAGUUCCGGGAAAGGACGAAUCCGUAUACUGGUAUGAAGGACAGAGAGGCCGGUUUUUCUGUCGUAAUAAGUGUGACAGUGGUUUAGAACAAGACGGUUCCGCGACUUCAACCUCUACAACGUCCAUCACAACUUCAACUCUAUCACCCCCAAGUACAGUACAAUCCACGACGACUGCAAAACCCACGACGACAAGUACGAUAACGCCGACCACAUCGGCAGAUCCAACAAGCACAAUAACUACAAGUACAACUCCGAAUCCAUCUUCCCCAAGUACAGUGCAAUCCACGACGACUGCAGAACCUACAAGUACAAUAACUUCCACCACUGUUCCGGAGUCAUCUACCACAAGUGUAGUACAAUCCACGACGACUGCAGAACCUACAAGUACAAUAACUUCCACCACUGUUCCGGAGUCAUCAACUUCUUUGCUUACAUCGACCUUGGCUUCUACUACAACUUUAAUCCCUACAUCAACGAUGAGUACAAUUACCUUGACAUCAGAUCGCACAAGUACAAUAACAUCCACUGGAUCUUCAAACCCUCCAUCAACAAGCACAGUACCAUCCACAACAACUUCCACUACAACUCCGAAGCCGUCUUCCCCAAGUACAGCGGAAGCCAGUACAACUCCCGUACUCACAUCGAACUUGACUUCGGCUUUGACUUCCACCUCACCGCUCCUGGCGUCUUCAACUGAACGCACCGCGACUACGGCGACUUCUUCCGUCUCGACUCCAAAGCAUCCACAUCAUGGAUGCCACGUUCCUCAAUAAUUGAUUUUAAUAUUAAUUACAUCAUGUGAAUAAUAUACAUGAGCUCUAUUGUUUAAUGGAAAGUUAAACUAAAUGAAGACUAUUUGGAGU